AUGGAUCGAGAUCAGAGAGCCAGCGAAUCUGACGCCGUGGAAGAGCAAAUCGACAUGGAAGGCAGCGCCCUGCCACGGCUCAAAUCGCCUCCACCACCUUGGCGCAGCGAGCGUGUGAAAUGGAACUCGUUCCGAGACACGCUCGUGUGGAUCGGCAUGGAUCCGCGGAGGCAGCCCAGCCCCGCUGCACUGUGCCGCCUUGCCGCAUCGGAUGCGCCGCUCCAUGCUCAGCAAACUAAGGCACAUCGCAGCACAUCGCAGCACUGUGCAUUGCGGCAGAUUGCCGGUCAGAUGUCACCACAUUCUUUCCGCUUCCCGGGUCCAACACGCCUCCUCUUCCCCUUCCACCCCUCUCACCGCUCACCACCCUCGACACUCACAUCUCGAUGGCCUCGUCGCACUAAGAUCCGUGCCGCCUCGCACCCAAGCUUGGCGGUUUCCACCCUGCAUCGCUCUCUCCUGAUCAACCGUCAAAUCUGGGCCCAACCCUCUCACAACAUCCCCUCGAUCUGGCAUCCUGCAGCUUCGAGCUUCACUGGCACAGCGUCUGCCGUUCGGGCUUGCGACAUCAUUGCAUCCACAUCGCACCGCCAAAACCUGCACCGCGCAAGAGCAAGCGCACCGCUCUCGAACCUGAACCUCGACGCCCUGCAGGCUGUAGGUCCCGUGAGCAUUCCGUGCACCCAUCUCUCUUUGCACGCCUGCUCCACCACCGACAUCUCGAUCCUGUGCUCUAGUCGCCACGCCUUGAUCUGCCGCAACCGAGACGCCCCGCCAUCCUCGUCACCCGGUCCAGCCUUUCGCUUAGCAGCCUUGUUGCAUCCAUUGCCAUUCCUGGGUUCCGUUGAGCCCAGCUCUUAUUCGCCGAAGCUGUCUUCAGUGGCUCCCUCUCUCGAUCGUCGACCCCCAAAGCCAGCGUCGGCACUAGCCCCGAGGGCGAGUCUGCAUCUCGGCCAUAUCUGCCUUGUCUCGGUCGGAUCUGCAAAGCUGCCCGUUGUUCAACAACACCCCAACUCUCGAGAUCAUCGACGUUAUCGCACCAAACGUCAAUCUCGCUCCAUCUUCUCCAAAGCUUCCCACGCUUCACUGUAUCUCUAG